AUGGCCGAUGCGCAUAUCGACAAGAUAUCUAUCAUUUCUAGCGGCUCCAUUGCAAGCAUUACUUCGAGACUAUCGACCCUUUGGUCGAAGGUCCCUCUGUCUUCCCGAAAAUUGUCAUCAACGAUCGCGGACAUAUGUUCCUACAUCGGGAGUACUCCUGAUGCCCAGCUCUCCCCAAUCAAAGAGCUCAAGAUUAGGAAAGAGGAGGGUGGUGUUCAGCACGAGUUCCUACUUUUACGGCUGGAGAAACCCUCUGGAGAAGAAUUCUGGGUGCGCCUGGAGAGAAAGGGGCCGACGGGCACUCUCAGGAGGCUGAUGUCCAGCAGAUGGGAGGCGAACGACGUGGCGACUGUCUCUGGGAAAGUCGCCGCGCUAUUGGGUAGCGCGAAGAGUGUCGAGAAGACAAAGAUCACUUUUCGCGUCUCACCUUCGCUAACGGACUUGUUCUGUGUCCUCGAAGCGCUUAGGACCGAAUCGAGAUCGUAUCAAGUGUGGCCGGAGAACUGUUACUUUUUUGCAUCUGUAGUCGCCGAACACCUACACAGUCUCGAUAAUGGUGCAGAGCUUAUCGGGGCUUUACGAUGGCUUGAUCUCGGGAUUCAGGCCCGUCGAAGAAUCCAUCAAAUCAUCACCUCAUAUGAGACUGUUUCUGUCUACGAUCCGGAUACGGAGUCGGGAAGCAUGUCGCCCCUCCAAUCCCUCAGUGACAGGGAGUGA